CGGCGGCAAGGCCACAUUGCCCACUCGCUACAUAUUGGCCGCAUUGCGGUUUCUCCUCCCAGUCCCAGUCUCUUCUUCCCUUGCCCUCCCGUCUCUCCUGUUGGGACGAGCCUCCUCUCCUCCGGCUGGCCAUGGGAGCGUGCGCCACGAAGCCGGGUGACCUCAAGGUCAAGGGCGAGGCGCCGCUGGUGGCGGAGGACGCCGCGGCGGCACCGGUGGCGAGCGAGGAGAAGGCCAAGGGCGCCGACGGGGUGGUCCCGGCGGCCGACACGGCUGACGCCGGCCGCCGGAGGUCCCUCAGCGACCUUCUCAAACAGGAUGCAGAGACUAUUGAUAGAGAGGCUGAUCAAGAGGCGGCAGAGAAGGUCGUUGCUGUGGAGCCAGCAACAGGUGCUGCCGGCGACGCCGGAGCAGCGACGGGUGAUGGAGAGGCUGAUCAGGAGGCAGCAGAGAAGGCCGUGGCUGUGGAGCCAGCAACAGGUGCUGCCGGCGACGCCGGAGCAGCGACGGGUGAUGGAGAGGCUGAUCAGGAGGCAGCAGAGAAGGCCGUGGCUGUGGAGCCAGCAACAGGUGCUGCCGGCGACGCCGGAGCAGCGACGGGUGAUGGAGAGGCUGAUCAGGAGGCAGCAGAGAAGGUCGUGGCUGUGGAGCCAGCAACAGGUGCCGCCGGCGACGCCGGAGCAGCAGCGAUGGGAGGGCAAGCACCAGUCCAGGCCUCAGCCGCAACCGAGCAGGACGAUCCGCAUGGCGACGUGCAGGCGGUGGUGGAAGAAGAGAAGCGUGUCGAUCCUGACUCGGUCCAAGUUGUUGUUCCUGCUGCCGCCGCCGCCGCCCCGAGUGCCGAGGAAGGCAAGGUAGCUGAUGAUGCAUCUGCCUGAAAACAAGGACAUUGUCUUGCGAUUCUUUCUUUCUUUUUUUAUUGGUGAGGUACGCUUUAAUGGCGUGGUGAGACUGAUAGCUUGUGCUGGCAAGCUGAUCUGGAGUGCUGGGACUUGGGAGGACAGUUGUUGUGGACCAGGUUGUGCAUCGCUGGAUUAUGUUACGGUUUAAGCAGAUUUUUCUAGGAGUAUCAAGCUGUCCUUACUAUAAAUGAUUCAAACAACUUGCAUUUGCAAUCAAA